UGUAUAUUAUAUUACUUAAAGAAGUUUAUACGUUAUUGAGCUGGAUUCGUAUAUGUUUAGAUUAAACGUCGGAUAUUAUUUGCAUUGACAUAAUAUUGAGAAAAUGAAAUGUUUACAGCAGAUAUAUGACGGAUAGUUGACUGUUAAGUGAGAAAAACAAACAUUAAACCAAAUAUUUGAGGAGUCCGAGUUUCGGCAGGUGACGACAACGAUGAGUAAUAAGAAGAAAGAAGAUGAGGUCAUCCCGGCCAUGGGCCCGGGGAGUAAAAUCAGCGCCCUGGCCGCACCCUUGCGUCGUUUCAUGAUACGACAGGGCAAAGCGGUGAUUCUUAACUUCUCUACGGCCAGUAUGAAGACAUUGCCACUAGAGAUAUGGGCGAACGAGGAGAUUCAACAGAACGCUGUGGAGCUGAGGGCAGAGAGCAACCGUCUGAAGAAAUUACCGAAACAGGUCUCUGACCUUGAAGCCUUGGAGACCUUGAACCUUCAAAACAACGCUCUAGGUGCACUUCCGGCCACAGUUUUCAAGAUGAAGAGUUUGACAACUUUGAACGCCGAGAAUAACAGCAUUAAAGCCAUCCCUGCGACCAUUAACAAGGCUCCUGUCCUUAAAUAUUUGCAUUUGUCAAACAAUAAAAUCAAAGCUCUUCCGAAAACAAUCAACAAAUCAACUACGCUGGAGCUAGUCGAUGUUUCACACAAUGUGAUAAGAUCUGUGAAAAAGAACAUUUAUGAGCUGAAGGCGAAACUCGUGCUUCAACAUAAUCGUCUUGGAGAGCUGCCGGACGCUGCUGUGAAGAGCCCGUGUUUACGGGUUUUAGAUGUUUCCCAUAACCAGAUAGCCCAUAUCCCAGACAACAUCAACAAUGUGGUGACCUUGACGUGGCUUGACCUCUCACACAAUGACCUUGAAGAUUUGCCCCGGGAACUUGGGCUUUUGAAGUACCUGCACUCCCUGAAUGUGAGCCACAACAAGAUCGCGUCUCUACCAGACGAGGUAACAACACUGGAAUAUGCGCUGACAUACUUGCGAGCUGGGCACAAUCAAAUUAAAAACUUGCCUGAGGACAUCCAUAAACUCCAAAGGUUGCAAGUUUUGUCAAUGUGUAGCAACCAAAUCGAUCAAGUUCCGUCCAAAUUCUACGAGCUAAAGGCGGUAAAAGAGCUUGAUCUGUCUGGAAAUAAGCUAUCGACUGCCACCGGAAUGAGCCGGUUAAAAACCGUCGAGUCGCUGAAUCUUUCAAACAACGGUCUGACUGAACUACCAGAUGACAUAAACCAGCUUAAAUCUCUCGUUUCACUGGAUAUAUCAUCAAACCAGAUCAAACAGUUGCCGGAUUCACUGAACAAAAUUCCUACUCUGAAAACACUUUUGGUGUCCGACAACCGCUUGAGCCAGAUUCCAGAGAUGCUGGGUGAGAACCAGCUUAUCACUUGUUUGGACGUUAGCAAUAAUCGUAUCCAAGGACUUCCGCAGGACAUGAAACGUUUGCGGAGUUUAGAAACAUUAAAAGUUGCUGGGAACCAGAUAUCAGCAUUACCAAAGUCUUUAGACUCUUUAAGAUUUUUAUUUACCUUAGACGUAUCGAAAAAUGCUCUGACCGAUUUUAUUAUGCCUAAAACACUGACAAGCAUCAGCCUCGCCGGAAAUCCCCUCUUUCUACCCUCACAAGACCCCAAGUCUGUUAUCGCACUUCUUGGAGAAAGGGAGUAUGCCUCGAACAUGGUGUUCCUCGACGCCUCAAGCUUGAAACUGGACGAAGUGCCACUAAGCCUCUGUCACAUGAAGAUGUUGAAAACUCUAAAGUUAGCGCACAACGUCAUCAAAGAAAUUCCUGAAGAGCUUACAAAACUCAGGGCUAUUGAGGAGCUUGACCUAAGUGACAACGAUUUAGGCGCUUUGCCCGAUGAUAUCCGAAACAUGCAAAACUUAAGGGUUUUGGAUGUAUCCCAGAACAGAUUAAGUGAAUUUUGCGAAGGUCUAACGCAGCUGCAUCAGCUUGAAAGACUGAACAUUAGCUUCAACAACCUGGUUGAGCUUCCGGAAAAUUUCGGCGAGCUGCACAAACUGAUAUGGUUAGAUAUAAGCAACAACGAGCUCAUGAUGCUACCAGAGGACCGCUGGGAUGUGCUUGCCUCUAUGUUGGAACUUAACAUUUCCAAAAACCACGUGCACACCGUGCCGAUGGACCUGCCUUAUCUGUACAGAAUCAAAGUGCUGAAAGCACAGAGCAACGAUUUGACUACCAUACCGUCAGACGUGGUUAAGAUGACAAGUUUAGAAAUCUUGGACUUGAAAGACAACUUGUUAGAAUCGCUGCCGGAGUCAGUGUGCAAACUUCCGGCCCUGCUGGAGAUGGACGUUUCAGAUAACAAACUAAAAUCGUUCCCGGGCAAGCUGGAACAGCUUAAACAGAGGUGCACCAUCAGCACCGAUAACCAGUCCUCGUACAAACAGAGGGAACCACCAGACUUCCUCAAGGCCGGCGAGGCUCAAACUCAAAACAAGGAAGAAAAGAAAGAAGAUUAAAUCAGACUGAUAAAUUGUUCAGAACAACGAAUAUGAUAAUGAUAAAUAUAUAUGUUAAACUGUUGACGCAAGUUAUGAAUUGCUGAAGCACGUGCACCUCUUCUAAAGAGGUGUAAACUAACAGUCGUCUUGACUCAUGAGCCAACAAUAAAUGCAAAGCUGAAAUUUGCAUUUUUGAUGACUGCACGGGGCGUAGCAUACCAAUUAUAACGUUUUGUAAUGUAUGAACGUCCGUGUUUAUACAAAAAGUUUGAUAUAAUGAGAAACAUUAUAAACACGUUCAAACGUUUAAUAACUGCUCAACCAGCAGUUUUAUUAACAAGCAUAAUGUUUAGGAUGUUCGUCCUCAUUUGCAUAAUAUUUCAAUACUUUAAAGUUAGAUUGUUUGUUCAUAUAUUAAGUGUCUGUUAAUUAACUCAUGUUAAACUUGUGGUCAAGGGGGAGUGAUAAAAAUGAGCGUCGUCUAUUUUUUUUUUUUUUUUUUUUUUUUUUUUUUUUUUUUUUCGUAUUUAGUUAUUAUCUUUAACAUUUUUUCUUGAAAGAAAUUUUACAUUUUUAAGAAAAUUCAGCAGCAUGUUUAUUUUCUGUUUUGAAAAAUAUCAAAGAAAUUCGAAAGCAUUUGUUGGAUACAUAUGAAUGCAUGACUGAAUAUAGAUUACCAAACUUGAUUAUGGGAGCCUGUUAGGGUCGUGUACAAAGUAUUCCUUAAACAGCCUUCUUUUGAGAAAGAGAAAAUCGUAAUAAAAUUAACUUCAUAAAUUUGUUUGCCUGACACAGACUUAUUGUUUGAUUUUAAAUGUCGUUUUAUCACUGUCUCGUGUUAAAAUGGUGCAAUACUGAUGUUUGUUCUAACAUACUCUUCUACAUAUACUGAUAAUGUGUCUAAAACAUAUGUGUAGAAGAAAAAAAGCGUUAAAUAGGCUUUUUAGUGCAUAUAUAGCUAAGAAUAAACCAAAGAUAUUUACAGUAUUUGCUAAUUAGGCCAAAGCAAUCUAUGUGUGCUUCCCGGUUGGGACCUGUGCACUGUUCGUUGUUUUUUAAAGCAUAGCUUUUUAGUUUACUAUUUCAGAAGGAUGUACAUGGGUCUAAAGAUAACGGACCUGGUAAUAGAGUUAAAAUUUAUGCUGCCUCGCAAUGUAUUGUCGGUAAUCGGUAUAUAACAUUGUUUCCUACAGUCAGAUUAAAACGUAAAAUACAGAGGAUUGUAAAAGAAUGUAACAAAAUACAAGUAAAACAAAUUUGAUAUGAAAAAUGUGUAUGUAUGUAACAUUCAGGCAUUCUUCAUAAACCGGCUUAAGCAAGAAAGUUGAAAUAUUCAUAAAUAUUUGACUUCUUUGUUUAUUUUCUGGGGUUUUUUUGUUUUGUUUUGUUUUUUUCCCAUUACAUACGACAGAGUAUCAGUUUCUUACAACAUUUGACGAAAUACCUCGGAAAGAAAGGUCCGCAAGCGUUUUGCAACACAGUCGAUUUUUAGAAGUUUUAGUGCCUACUUACUAUACAGACUAUUAGCGAAAUUUUCGAUCUGUUUUCUUGUUUAAGGAAAUAACUUUCACGAAUUUAAAUCAGACUCGGGGGGGGGGGGGGGGCAUUAUACCGCUGAAUAGCUACCAAUAACGUAUUUUAGGCUUGACACCUUUUUUUUUCUGAAAAAAAAAACACAAAAAAAACCAGACUGAUAUUGCUCUAAUCUAGACCCGUUAUCUUUAGACCGAACACUAAAUAUGAAUGCCAGGUGACAGUUGUAAGAACAAGUUAUCUACUACUUUAUAUUGCAUUUUUUGUAAUCAUAUUUUAUUCAAUUUCUUACUGUCUAAAUAAAACGGCAUAAGCCAAA